GAUGGGCUGGCCGUAGGGAGCCGGGAGAGCGGAAGUGAGGUAGCGGUCUGGUGGGGUGCUGCUGAUAUGUGGAAAGUAGUAAUGUCGGAGCAGGUCGGUAAAGCGCUGCAGACGGUGAUAGAGAGGGUACAGCAAGCGGCGGGUCGCCGGCCUCAGACCCUGCCCGCGAUCCAGCCGCGCCUCGUAGCCGUCAGCAAAACCAAACCCGCGGAGAUGGUGCUGGAGGCCUACAAGCAGGGCCAACGCAACUUCGGAGAGAAUUAUGUGCAGGAGCUGCUGGAGAAGGCUUCAGACCCCAAGAUCCUCGCCUCCUGCCCAGAGAUAAAGUGGCACUUCAUCGGACACCUACAGAAGAACAACGUCAACAAGCUGAUGGGCGUCCCCAGUCUGUUCAUGGUGGAGACGGUGGACUCGGUGAAGCUGGCUGACCGGCUGAACAGCUCCUGGCAAAAUCUGCGGGCGAAUGCACAGCGGCUAAAGAUCAUGGUUCAAAUCAACACGAGUGGAGAGGACAGUAAGCACGGUCUGCCCCCUGGUGACACGGUGGCGGCGGUGCAGCACAUUGUGUCUCGAUGCACCGCCCUUGAGUUUGUGGGCCUCAUGACGAUUGGACGGUACGGCUAUGACCUCAGCGAGGGGCCCAACCCUGACUUCCAGAUGCUCCUCUCUCGACGGAAGGAGGUGUGUGAGACGCUGAAGAUGCCGUACGAGCAGGUGGAGCUCAGCAUGGGCAUGUCGACGGACUUCGAACACGCGAUCGAGGUCGGCUCCACUAAUGUGCGGGUCGGUAGCACCAUUUUUGGGGAGCGGUUUUACCCCAACACGCCCAGUCCUGAGAAGAGGUCAAAGGUCGUGGCCGAAGAGGCAGCACAGAAGCUGGAUGGGCUGACAGUGAAGGAGCAGUGAGGGGGACCCCGAACCCCAAAAACCAACAUCCUCCAAUUCAAGAGGCAAACAGAAACCACGCUCCUCCAACAACAGACACCCCCAAGAACCUGGAUUGGUACCUCCCUGCGGUGUUGCUUGCAUGAAAUCGGACAGUUCUAUUGAUCUAAAUGGGGGGUGGGGGAGAAGAGCGACAGUCUCAGUACCACAGUUUAAGUAAUUGAAGUCUAUUUUUGUCUCUUAAUAGUUUGUAAAAAAAAAAAAACUCCAGAGAGGCUCCUGCUUUGUUGGUUUAAACUGGAGCCUCUGUCCAGACCAAUUACAAUAGAACUCCCCCACCUUUUAUAUAUUCUCCUAUUUAUUAAUUAUUUUCUUUGUGUCACAAAUCCAGUGCACUGCCUAUCUGAUUGUGAUGAAACGGGAUUCGGGCAGUCUUUUAUUUAAGUUUCUGAGUGGCAGAAUCUGAGGCUGUAUUUUACGCUUUUUUAUUUACACCUAGAAAACCACUUUAUCAAACUUAAUUGUAUGACUUUUUUAAGCUAUUGAGAGCAUCAGAAUCCGAGAGUGAGAGGAGGUGCCCCUCCCCUCUGUCUUGAGCACUGUUCAUCUGAAAGCUGCCGUCUGUGUGUGUAAGUCUGUUCCAGCAAACAAUCAGAUGCCCAGGAAUCAGCGAUGGCAAUAAGACUCCCAUUGCAUAGCAGUUUGAUUCACUCCUGCUUUUACUAUGAGUUUAAUAAGACACACCUGAGCUUGUUACCUAUACACUGUGGCUGAUCAAGCGCCUAGUAAAACCUGGAAUGGGUGAAACUGCUAUGCAACAGGAGUCUUAUUCCCAUCCCUGAGGAAUGUUUCUGAAUUGAGCUGUGCACCGAUGUAAAUGAUUUCCCACGUGUAGAGGAUUGAUUUAAUGUAACUGAUGUAAAUGAUUUCCCACGUGUAGAGGAUUGAUUUAAUGUAACUGAUGUAAAUGAUUUCCCACGUGUAGAGGAUUAAUUUAAUGCUUGUUCUUUCUGUAUUAGGAUGUGGUGUGUGUGCAGAGCGAGGAGAUCUCAAUAAAAACCACUCUCCCGAUACGUAUUGUGAUGUGCAGGUCGUGACACAAUAUGUCUGUUUGAACUACAGUGCAGGUCAGGGUUCAUUCCUGUGUUUCAAACCAAUUCCCAUUCCCAUGUAAUCAAUUCCAACACAGCAUUGAUCACAAUUAGCAGUAUUCUGUUAAAAUGAGCUUCUCACAGAGGCAACGCAUUACUUACAUUGAAGUCACUCCUCUAAAUUGGCUUCAAAUGAAAGCAGUUGAACAAUCACAGUGACGAUGUCUCUAAAAUAUCAACUGAAAUUCCUUCGAUUGGAAUGGGAAUUGAUUUUAAAAAGGAAUUGGAAAUGGAAUUGACCCUGACUCUGCUACAGAGCUCUGCUGUACUUUUGUCUUCUAUCACGACAAACCGUCCAUCAUGGAAAGAAAGCAUCCUGAGUCAUUGAUACACAGUGAAGCGGGACCCCCCUAAUAAUCAUGGGGUACAGGAAUGGGCAGAUUGGUUAAUAGGACUCUUCUGACCACUCACUAAAAUGCAUCUGGUUCAGGUACACGUAGUCUAACACUUCCCUGCUGCUUCUGGAACGGUACAGAAUACAACACACAUGUAAGGCUGUCCGUUUAAACAGAAAUACAAAUCCUAACAGUGAUCACUUACUGAAGAUGAAAUUGAAAACUAAUGUGUUAACCAUAAUCUUUCUUUUUUAACAUUUCAUCAAGUGCCAAUGUAGCUUAUAGUCAAGGGGGCAUUUCUGAAGUCUUUCAAAUCCCAGAGUGAGUUGACACAGUUAACCUAAACUAUUACUUUCAGUGCAGUACAGAAGCCAGGACAAAAGGACACAGUGGAGAUAGACCUGGGAGAUGCUUGAUAUUCUGUGUGAAAAGGAAGUGGGUUGUUUGGGGAUAAAUACAGAUGGUAAAACAAGUGUUAUUGGAAGUACAGUUUAUGCUAUUAAAAGGUUCAUUCUGUUUAAUUACAUUCAAUUUAGACUCGCCUAUAGGAUGCCAACAAAGAAAAUGUAACUGUCAUUGUAGUACUGGUAUCUGCCCACCAGAUGACGCUAAUGGGCAUGCUAAAAAAAAAAAAAUCUCAAAUAAAAUGUACAGUAUUUUAA